GUAUUGUAGCGUGUGACAUUGAUCAUGACUGAGUCAUUGUGUUGCAUGAGGAAACAGAAUGAGCGGAGUCCCUCCCUUGUCUCAUUACCUACUGUGAUGUUUGGGGGAGGAGGAGCUGCUACAGCUGCCUUAGCAGAGAGUUGCCUCGAGGCAAGACGGGAACAAGUACUAUCUAUUCAAGACGCUGCUGGUGAAAAUAUGCUGGACACACCAUGAGCUGGCGGCCUAAUAGCACCCAGGGAGUAGUCCUGACAGCGUACCAUGCCUCCAACAAGGCUGCUGCAACAGGUAGCAAUGCCAAGGACUACUCCCAGGUCUCCCCUAGAAGUCGGAAAUCUGGCCAGUAUAUGAUGAACCAUGGAAGUGCAAACCCUGGACUAGAUAAAGUAGCAUUCAACCGUUCAGGAUCACAAGACUCCUUAGAUGAACUGUCACUGGAUGACUACUGGACAGAAGUAGAGAACAUUAAGACGAGCUGUGAUAAUAGUCAACAGGAACAAGAUGUUGUUGUUAAAGAGCCAGACGAAGGGGAACAGGAAGAGGAAUGGCUCAAGGAAGCUGGACUGUCCAUUUUGUUUGGCGAGUGUUCCUCAGACUCCCAUGAGAGCAUAGUGCUCCUUUCUACUUUGACAAGAACUCAGUCAGCUGCUGUCCAGAAAAGAAUUGAUACUGUAAAACAGACCUUGAGGAAAAAGAACAAACACCAUCAGAUUCCUGACGUCCGGGAUGUGUUCAGGCAGCCAGAAAGCUCAAAGGACAAAGAUGAAUGUUUGAAUGGAUUUCAAUCUACAGAAAAAAGUGAAGCAACAAAUGACAAAGAUGAAAAAUGUCUUCCAAAAAAUGAAAAUACAGAGGGGUCAGUAAGCCCAGUGGAAGAUAUGCCUCUUCCUGAGACUGAUAUCAAUCUGGAAAUUUCAUUUGCUGAGCAGGCUUCAAAUCUCAAAGAAUUCAGUGCAAUCAGAAAUGAGAAGGAAGAUGACUCUCUGUUACCAAACUACAGACUUCCACAAGAUAAAACCGGCAUUACAAAGAUUGGUGACUUGGCACCACAGGAUAUGAAGAAGGUGACUUCUCUAGCGCUGAUUGAGCUGACUGCUUUGUAUGAUGUCCUGGGCACUGAACUUAAACUACAACGAGCUGCCAAAAUAAGAGUUAGAGAGUCUGGGGUUUUUCGGGUACCUCUAGCCAUCUUGCUGGAGCAAGAUCAGAAGAAAAUUCCAGGCACCAAAGUCCCACUAAUAUUUCAAAGUUUGAUUGGUCUAAUAGAGAAUGGAGGACUGGACACAGAAGGCGUACUGAGAAUACCCGGAGUUUCUUCAAGAAUAAAAGCUUUAUGCCAGGAACUGGAAGCCAAGUUUUAUGAGGGAACAUUCAACUGGGAUACAGUGAAGCAGCAUGAUGCUGCCAGUUUGCUGAAGUUCUUCAUUCGAGAGCUCCCUCUGCCGCUUCUCACAGUAGAAUACAUGAAAGCCUUCCAUUCUGUGCAGUACCUCCCAUCAAAAAAGCAUCGUCUCCAAGCUCUGAAUCUCCUUGUCAUACUUCUUCCUGAAAUACACCGUGACACUUUGAAGGCUCUGCUCGAAUUCCUUCAAAGGGUCGUGGAUCACAGAGAGCAAAACAAAAUGACCCUGAAGAAUGUUGCCAUGAUAAUGGCUCCCAAUCUGUUCUCCACUCAUACCUCCCCUGUAAAAGCUAUGGAUCAGAGUGCUGUGACAAGUGCGGCCCGGACAGCAUCUGUGAUGCUUUUCAUGAUCAAAUACCAAAAGCUUCUCUGGACGAUUCCUAAGUUUAUUGUUGCCCAAGUAAGAAAGCAAAACAUUGUGAACCAGAAGAAAACCUCAAAAGAAAAGGCUAUGAAGAAGCUUUUGAAAAGAAUGGCAUAUGACCGGGAGAAGUAUGAGAAGACUGAAAAAAGCUUUGGUGAUAAUGAUAUACCCCAAGGAUUCAUACGGGUACAAGCCCCUCAGUUUUCCAAAGUGUCCAUGGCGGUACAGCUGACAGAAGAGCUAAAAGCUGGUGACAUCCUAGCACGCUUUCUCAGUCAAGAGAGCCCAUCAAGAAUCUUAAGGAAAGAAGAAGUUAGCUUGUAUGAAAUUGGAGGAAAUAUUGGGGAACGCUGUCUUGAAGAUACAACAUAUAUGAAAGAUCUUUCUCAACUCAAUCCCAAUGCUGAAUGGGUUAUAAAACCGAAGCCCAAAGAAUAAAAAUUUGGCAUAAUGUUCAAAAUGUGCAUAAUACAGUAUAUAGAAGUCAUUAAUUAUUGACAUCAUAUAUAAUAAUUGUAAUAAUGUGUUGCCUGGAAUAGCAUUCUCUGCUUAUAUGUUAUAUAGAGAAAAUGGCUAACUUUUUGCCAACAUUUAACCUAUCCAUUGGUAGUAAUUGCCUAAACCAGAUGCCUUAACUAUAUUGGCUUUCUUAAAUAUGGCAAAUUUUGUAUCUUAAAGCAUGAAUUAAAAUGAAAUCUAUGAAUAUCUAAACCAGUCCAACUAGUAUAUUGAAAGAGUGGUAGCUAUUUUUUCAGAAUUGUUUAAUCUAUGUUGGAUAAUGUUAUUUUUUAUUAAUGUUCAUCACGAAUAUACUUGUUUUCUCGUUUGAAAAUAAAAUAAUGACUAAAUCUAAUUUGCAUUAAAUUAAGUAAAUGAAGGAACAUUGCAGCAAGUAUGUAUAUAUGUUUUGUUUGUAUAUAAAAAUAAUUUUGUUAUAAAUGUAUUUAUGAGUCUGUUUUAGGGAUCUGUGGUUGUUUAAAAUAAGGCGAAACCAAACCUUAUUUACAUUUUUAUUUUUUAUUUUACCCUUUGUGCUCCUUUUUUGUAUACUGUACAGGGCUUACACCUUACCAGCUUGUUAAUGUGUUUACUUGUGCUCAUUAAUUUUUAAUAUGGCUGUUCAAUUAAAAGAAACCUGAUAGCCGUAAUUCACUUAUGUAGAAUAAACUGCAAAAAUGUGUUUGAUUUGAACCACUCCUGUUAGCACUACUGCUACUAAAAAUGCAUUUUGAAAAAUGUUAAAUAAUAGCAGAUUCCAUAACACAGGGGUUUUUUUUUUACAGGGUUUUUGUUUUCUUACAGUUGUACUAGCAACAUUUUAAAUGAGGACAUUAAUUUUCUAUGUUGCAGACGUGUUAUUUUUUCAAUAUAUGUUUUUAAUUUGGUACAAUUUUGUUAAUCUAUUAAAAUUCUUACAUGUAAAUGUUUAAAUUAAGGAUCUCUCUUAAUAGGAUCAGCAGGUUCAAAUGUUUGCCACAGUAAAGGUUGUGUUAAUCAACUAAUUAAAUAUAUAUACUGUAAAGAAAAGUAAAAUUACUUGAUUUGUCUACAUUCAGUCUUAAAACCGCAAUGUCCUUUCACCUAUUCUAAGUAAAAUGAAGAAGAGUUCAUUUUGUGUUGUAUUAUUUUAUUUGUCACUUUGUACAUAAAAUACAUACUGCAAACUA